AUGAUCUUUGUGAGAUUAAGCAUUGAAGGAAUAAAAUCAUUUAUGACAUCACAUUAGUCAAAAAAUAGAAUGGAUUUCUAAUCUCAUUAGGGAUUUGAAUUGAUGAAGUCUUAAUCUAAGAAAUUAAGAGAGAGUUUUAGUUGAAGUCAAAAGAGAAAAUCGAUAAAAUAUUAAAGAAUUAACUAAAAAUAUAUAGUUUUAGAAUCUUAAGAUGUUGAAAAAAAAAAUUGAAUUAGAAAGGAAGAAAACGAACAAUGAACCUAAUCAAUAUCAUAUAAAAAAUAAUGUAUUCCCCAUUAAGAAAAUUUAUAGCAAUACAUAAUUCAAUUAAAUGAGAAAAUGUAAUUACAUUAGCAAAUAAAAAAUAUAAGAAAAGAGUUGUUCUAAUAAAACUUCAUUUUAAUGCCUUUUGAAGUGAAUAUACUAAAUAAUUAGUUAUUUAGACACUUAAAAGUGCUUUAGAAGAGAAUUGGGAUUUAAAAUAAUAGUUGCAUGAAUUAACAAUAAAGAUUAAGCAAUUAAAAUAUUAGACUAUGUUAGCCUUUAUAAAAUCAACCUAAAGAUUAUUGA